AUGACUACAGAGAGAUGCUGCACAACUCCACUUUCUGCCUGGUGCCUCGGGGCAGGCGCCUGGGAUCCUUUCGCUUCCUAGAGGCGCUGCAAGCAGCCUGUGUGCCUGUGAUGCUGAGUAACGGCUGGGAGCUGCCCUUCUCUGAGAUCAUCAACUGGAACACGGCGGCCGUCAUCGGGGACGAGAGGCUCCUGCUGCAGAUCCCGUCCACGGUGCGCUCCAUCCAUCAGGAUAAGAUCCUAGCUCUGAGGCAGCAGACCCAGUUCCUGUGGGAGGCCUACUUCUCCUCUGUGGAGAAGAUUGUGCUGACCACUCUGGAGAUCAUCCAGGACCGGGUGCUGCAGCAGGAGUCCAGGAGCACCUUGAUGUGGAACAGCCACCCCGGGGGGCUCUUCGCCCUGCCACAGUACUCUGCCCACCUGGGAGACUUCCCCUUCUACUACGCCACCCUAGGUAUUAAACCGCACCCCAAGUUCACGGCAGUCAUCCAUGCAGUCACCCCCCUGUUCUCCCAAUCCCAGCCCAUCCUCAAGCUGCUGGUGUCUGUUGCCAAAUCACAGUACUGUGCACAGAUCAUUGUGCUGUGGAACUGUGACAAGCCUCUCCCUGCUAAGCACCGCUGGCCUGCCACCUCCGUGCCCGUCAUUGUCAUCGAGGGAGAAAACAAGGUGAUGAGCAGUCGCUUCCUGCCCUACGAGACCAUUGUCACCGACGCUGUGCUCAGUCUGGAUGAGGAUACGGUGCUCUCGACCACAGAGGUGGACUUUGCCUUCACGGUGUGGCAGAGCUUCCCAGAGAGGUUGGUGGGCUACCCGGCCCGGAGCCACUUCUGGGACAGUAACAAGGAGCGCUGGGGCUACACUUCCAAGUGGACCAACGACUACUCCAUGGUGCUGACCGGAGCUGCCAUCUACCACAGAUAUUACCACUUCCUUUACACAAACUUCCUGCCUGCCAGCCUGAAGGGAAUGGUGGACCAGCUGGCCAACUGCGAGGACAUCCUCAUGAACUUCCUGGUGUCAGCCGUCACCAAGCUGCCACCCAUCAAGGUCACCCAGAAGAAGCAGUACAAAGAGACCAUGAUGGGACAGUCGUCGCGGGCGUCGCGCUGGGCCGACCCGGACCACUUCGCCCAGCGGCAGACGUGCAUGAACAAGUUCGCCAGCUGGUUUGGCGGCAUGCCCCUGGUCCACUCCCAAAUGAGGCUGGACCCGGUGCUGUUCAAGGACCAGGUCUCCAUCCUGCGCAAGAAAUACAGGGACAUCGAGAGGCUCUGACAGGAUGUGCACCCCCUGCCAGAGAGGCCGGGGGAGGCGGUAGCCGAAGGAGGACCACGACAGUGGCAGUAGGACAGUCAGCCACCUGGAGCCCGGCGCUACAGCUCUGUCUUCCACUCAGCACAUUGCCAAUGACCACAGCAGCGCCAGGAGUUGACGAGCGAAAUGGUGUCUGGAGAGCUAUGCGUAUAUACAGAUCUGUAGUAUGUUCACAUAAACACACACAGACACUACCAACGAGACUCUUGGAUAGAAUAUUUUUGUUGGUAUGAAUGCCACGAAGGAGCGAAUUACAACAGACUAUUCCUGCGACUCUCUGCACAUGUGCAGGAUGGUAGAGGAAGGGAGGUGUCCAACAUGGCAACCCAACCUCAGAUCAGAUCCGCAGCCGGGCUGGUAACCUAGACUCAAUGCAACCCCACCGUGACUCCUUCAUGAGCUCCCUAUGUCCGCAUCAGGACCCCUGAGACACUCACCCACCAGCCCCUGCUCUGGACCCUGGGAAACCAUGUUCCUCCAUUACUUUUCUAACCAUACUUCCCAGCCAUAUGUACACUGGUUUGAAGCCUUGGGGUCUUCCUAAGAACUGUCCCCUGAUUCAAUUAAAUUCAACAUUUGGUAGUAAAGGUCGAGAAAAGUUGAGUCCGCUUUCCCCUUUUUAUAUGUUUGUUAUUCUUUUACUGGAAGGAUGGUUUAAAAGCCACCAUUUUCAAAUGGUGCCACUCGUAUUGCCACGAGGCAGUCACAAAACCCACAGAAACACCCACUCUACGCUCAUUCUUUGAUUUUCUGACUGUUAGAUUUCUAUUUCUUGUCUGUUUCUCUGCUUUAUCACAGUGAUAAGCCAGAAGCAUGUCACAUUUUAAAUGUACCCUUUUUCCUUCGAAACUCUCAAAAGCAGUUUCACUUUUUUUCUCGUCUUUCCCCUCGGAAGCUCAGUACCAGUGUGUGUGCAGAGGCUGAAAGUAGGCUCAUCCCACCAUGAGCCCGAGCGGAGCACUUUCCCUCCGUCGGAAUGAGCAACAUGAACAUUUCUGGAUGAAAUGGAGCAGAACACUGCCUUCGAAACCAAACCCUUUUCACCCAUUUAUUUCCCCUUUAUUGUUUAUGAGCAAUACCGUGGCAGAAGGAGUGCAUGCUAAAUUUAGACCCUGCUUCAUUUCCACAGGGGUGUUACAGAUUUCAGUGACUCGUCUGUUGUGCCAUGUCCCCGAAAUUCACAUUAGGGCUGCCUUUUUAAAAUGGCUUAUUGCACAUAUUUUCCGUAAAUCGAUAUCGAAAGCAGGGGAAGAUGCUAUCUGGUCGAAAUGCCCUCUGUAAUAUUCGUUGUUCUUCCUAGAUUUCCUCAUCAUAAUGAUGUUGGUGAAAUACAAGCCUCAAAGCCAUUCGAUAGACAUAGCCAUCUCCUACACCAUUUGUCAGAGGACAUAUGUUUUGUGUUUUAAUUAGAGAAAGACAUUUCAUUUGAAGUGUUGGGUUUCCCUGGGGAAGCAGCCCUUGAUGAAACCGUCUGUCUCUAUAUUUCCCAUCAUGUCUGACUCUGCUCUGGAUGCAGUGACCCACAACCUUGACCCUUUGGCUCUAGGCGUACAGUGAAAAGACAACCAGCUCCCCCUCACCUAGCCUUGUCAUUGUAAUGUUCUUCAUUACCCUCUUUGUUCAUAAUUUCUGUUGCUCCUAGUUUUCCUGCGAUGCUGUUGUACUCACAAUAGACUCAUCCCAGCUCAACUACAUUUGGCCUGACACAUUUUUGUAUUGUGGUCGAAUAGGAAAAACCUUUAUACUUUCUUUUAUUGAUCAUUUUCAAGGAAAUAGCUUUGAGAUGUGUAAGCUCAUGACUUUAUAGUGAAAUCCUAUUGUGAACAGGCUUUAGUCUUUGUACCACACACAGAGCCCUGCUAGUUCACUCGAACAGGUACUUGAAUGUCUGAAGACUUGAAGGAGCGUAGUGUGCUCGAGUGGCCUUUUAUUGUGAAGGUGACUGAACUUAAAGGGCCAGUUUCCCGGACAUGGAUUAAACCUAGUCCUAGACCCCAACAAAAAUUCUCAAUGGAGAUGUCCAUUGAAAGUGCAUUUUUGUUCAGAACUAGGCUGCAUCUGGCUCCGAGAAACCGGCCCAUAGUGUAUCAGCUGUGAGCCAAAGCUCAACUAUCCGUUUUUUUUUCUACCCCCCUUCGUCGUAUUUGCGUCAUUUCUUAUUGAGGUCGUUGUAGACUCUUUCACAUUGAUUUUUUUGUUUUCAUCUUCCAUAUCAGGAUACAUUCAAUGGAGGUCAGUGUCUACUAGGUUGUAUACAUGGCCAAUGAGUUGAUAUUGUGUCAUUGGUGGGCCUGGCCCAUCUACUCUUGUCAUUUUCACAAUGUCAUAUGUGAUAUUAUCAGCAUAACACUUAAUACUACAGUACACUUAGAUUUAGUACAGUUUCAAAGCUGGUAUAUUGUCAAUAUAUUGUUUGUUUUUUUACAAAAUGUUUGCAUUUCAUGUUUAUUUUCUUUCUGGCAAUGUACUCAGGAGGAGUUUGGAAUGAACUUGUAUGACUUGAUAUUGGCCAAGAGAGAUUUACGUUGUAUUUUGAUGUUGACUUACAGCAAGCCUUGGAUCUCUUGGCACUAGACAUGCAUCUCAAUGAUUAUGAAAAACGUUGGCCUGCAUCUGGUCCCCUUUUUGAAGUUCAGUAAAAGCAUCUUUGUAUCAA